UACCCAUUCAUCUAUUCGCAUUCGAUAUUGAGAUCAGCAAACUUGCAUACUUACUUAUAUUUUUUAACAAGUGAAAUUUCUUCUAAAAAUCUAUAAAAUGGAAUCCAACAAGCAAGUUUUUAUCGUGGCUUUCAUUGUGGCUCUGGCAGUAAGCUCCUAUGCAACUCCUGGCUGGACGAAUUGGAAAAAUUCAAAGGCUGCGAAUGAUUCUCACAAUUUAACUGUUGGAUCAAAUCUUCCUGGAGACAGAAUCCUGGUGCAAGAAAACAUUAUCAAAUCAUCCAAAUGGUUGCAGAUUGUUACUGUUGAAAAAAGUUUCAACGCUACGAGGUACGAAGUCAUUACUAAGGUUGAAGCUAUAGAUCAAAAAACAAAUGGGAAUGGUGCUUAUGCAACAAUUCUUUCUGGAGGACCAGGAUACCAAACUGUGAGGUUGAGGUUCAAGAGUCAGAGAGGACAUGGUAUCAACUUUGUUGUGAAAGUCUAUGGACGUUAAACUUUCGAAAGUUGCGAAUAUUGAGGCAAAAUGUGACACGUUUUUAAUUUGAAGCCUCCAUUUUUCCUAAAAAAUGUUUGUGUUUGAUUUUACCUCUUCAGAGAAAGAUUAAAUAUAGUGCAAAAUUU